GCAUCUGUGCAUCACUCGAUCUCUCCUUGUCGUCCUCGCAGUAGAAGCCCGUCAAGAUGAACUCUUCUCUCCGAUUCAAGAACCCCGUCCGAUUGGGCCACAUCACCCCGGAGAAGAUCCGCAAGUUCCAACCCACCUUGAUGUACUGGGGAGCCGGUGCUGCCGGUGCCGUCGGUCUCUUCCUCUCCUCGAUACCCAUCUUCAAGCACGACAUCCUGCACAAGGUCCCCAUCAUCAACCUCUACUUCAAGGACAACACCCCGGAUUGCGACAAGCCCUUCUAAACGUAUCUUGGAAGCGAAAAGAGAGAGAGCAUACAGUACCAUAGACGCGGAGCAUUUGAGCGAGUCGGGCUGGGACUGAAAUGGGGUCGGAUGUAUACCCGAGCUUGAUCCACAAAACGAGCUUGGGGGGACGGGAUGUACUUGGAUAUGAGAAUACAUAAAAAUCAGGACAAAAGGGGGAAGGCCCUCGGUAUGGGUCGGCUCGGUCUGGAAGUAGCGUUGCACGGGAACUUGGGGCGCUUUCGAAACAAACGAUCCGCAACAGUCGGAGCGGCGAGUGCAGUCGGUCCUCGCCUUCCAAGGUUCAAGGAUUCUUCGAAUCAAGUCGUGAAUAAGAGUGAUACUAUUUGUAAUCUGCUCAGAUCUUUCCCGAGCCCGCAACGUCUAUUUCUUUGCGAGACCUGCAUCUGGCCGACGAACCCAAGGUUAGCAAAAAGUAACUCGAAGAGAGUGACCAUUCAUAGGAUGCCAG